UAUCUGCUGCAGUCUAUCUUCCUGUAGCCUUGCCAGGGACUUACCAAAUGGACCAGAAAUGCAGCAACCUGACAACAGAGCUGAAAUCUACAUCAUGUGGAAGUACUUUGCGCGAUCGGUUCUCACUCGGUUGUCAUGGGGGAGCCAAGAUGGCGGCGCAGGCCUACGCGAUGGGCAGACGGGAGAUUAAUCAACACUUCAACAUCAGGAACGCCAAGCUUCUCGCGAUCAGCUUUGUGCUCGUCUUAACCGCUGGCCACGGGAUCCACAGGAGCUAUGGAGGUGGUGACACCUGUGAUUGGCUCCUAUCUAGUGGCCGAUUCCUUGGUGAAAAUGUGUGGCAACCUCAUGGCUGCAUGAUGCAUAAAUACAAAAUCAGCGAAGUAAAGAGCUGUCUUAUGAACAAAUACAUAACUUUUGUAGGGGAUUCCAGAAUUCGGCAGCUGUUCUACUCUUUCAUUAAAAUUAUAAAUUCUGGCAUUAAAGAAGAAGGUAACAAGCAUGAGAACAUUUCCUUUGAAGACAGAAGUACUUCUUUGAAAGUUGAUUUUUUGUGGUACCCAGAAGUAAACAACUCCAUGAAGAAUUGUUUUAAAGCCUGGACUGAGCGUGACCAACUAAAACCCCAUCUUAUUGUGGUGGGCGCUGCUACGUGGUCAAUUAAGAUACACAAUGGGAGUAUGGAAGCCCUCACCCAGUAUAAAAUCAAUCUUACAUCAAUUACACCUCUUUUGGAGAAAUUAGCAGAAACUAAUGACAUUUAUUGGGUUCUUCAAGAUCCAGUAUAUGAGGAUUUGCUGAGUGAGAACAGAAAGAUGAUCACUAAUCAGAGGAUUGGCUUAUACAAUGAUGUGACUUUGAGCAUUUUGAACAGUAGCACCAGAAAUAUGGCAGCCAAGGUCAAGAUCCUCAGGGCUUCCAAAUUAGUUGCAGAAGAAACCAUUGCAGGAUCCUUAGAUGGCUUGCAUUUACCUGAAACCACUAGAGACAUUAAUGCUAUGAUUCUCAUGAAUUCCUACUGCAACAAGAUUGUGAAGCCCAUUGAUGGUUCAUGCUGCCUUCCCCAGCCUCAUCUUUCUGUGAUUCAGAAAUUGACUGGCUGCUUUUUCAUCAUUUGUAUAAUGAGCUGCAUGGUUGUCACUUACUUUUGUCAUAGUUGGCGGAAGAGUAAGCCAAGUACUGAUGUAGAGAGUGGAGAAGAGAAAAAACCUGCCACUGCUUCACUUUCGAAUCCUGAAAAGUUACUGUUGUCCCUCUCUAAAUUAGGCCUGAUCAUGGGCUAUUUCUAUCUCUGUGACAGAGCUAAUUUGUUCAUGAAAGAACAGAAAUAUUACACACAUUCAACAUUCUUCAUACCACUGGUAUAUAUUAUUGUGUUGGGAGUCUUCUACAAUGAUAACACAAAAGAGACCACUGUGCUGAACAGAGAGCAGACAGAUGAAUGGAAGGGUUGGAUGCAGCUAAUUAUACUGAUAUAUCAUAUAUCUGGAGCAAGUACCUUUUUACCUGUGUACAUGCAUGUUCGUGUUCUCGUGGCAGCAUACCUGUUCCAAACAGGUUAUGGACAUUUUUCUUACUUUUGGAAAAGCGGGGAAUAUGGAAUCUCUCGAAUUUGUCAGAUAUUAUUUCGUCUGAAUUUCUUGGUGGUGGUGCUGUGCCUUGUGAUGGAUCGACCAUAUCAAUUCUAUUACUUUGUUCCAUUAGUAACUUUCUGGUUCAUGGUCAUCUAUGUGACUCUAGGCAUUUGGCCUCAAACUGGCAAGAAAGAUGAAAACGGUUCUUGUUCCCCCUAUUGGGAGGUGGUGCUCAAAUUGCUUGGUUUGUUUUUAUGUAUAUGCCUACUUGCAACUUCUCAGAGUUCUUUUGAAAACGCAUUUUCAGUGUGGCCAAUUUCAAAGCUGUUUGAAUGGCAGGGAUUCCUUCAUGAAUGGUGGUUUCGAUGGAAGUUAGAUCGCUUUGCAGUCCUACAUGGUAUGGUCUUUGCUUUACUUUAUGGUGCAUUAAAGAAGGGUCAUCUGCUUUCUGAAAGCAAAGGAGAGACAUUGUUCGCACCUAGGUUGUCAUCUUUGUUACUUUUUACAUCAGUGGUUGUGUUUUUGACCUAUUCAAUAUGGUGUGCCAGCUGUAAAAACAAAACUGAGUGCAAUGAGCUUCAUCCUUACUUCUCUGUGUUGCAGAUUCUGUCCUUCAUUCUUAUUAGGAACAUUCCUGGUUAUGUUCGUUCUGUGUACAGCUCCUUUUUUGCCUGGUUUGGCAAGAUUUCCUUGGAACUCUUCAUAUGUCAAUACCACAUCUGGCUUGCGGCAGAUACCAAAGGAAUCCUCGUACUCAUUCCUGGAAACCCAGUGCUCAACAUUAUUGUCAGCACUUUUAUUUUUGUGCUAGUUGCUCAUGAAAUCUCACAGAUCACAAAUGAUCUUGUACAAAUAGCCAUUCCCAAAGAUAACUACAUUGCACUGAAAAGACUGCUGUGUGUAGCUAUUUUUUUAUUGGGAAUUCUCACAUUGUCAACUGUUGAACAAUUGAACAAGUAACUAAAUAAUGACUGAGCAGGCUCAAGUACCUAUUUUUGACCUUCAUAUUUAAUAAAAAAGAGAACCUCAAAGAAUUGUGUAUUGGGGGAAGAAAGAAGCAUAAAUUUGUGCGACACUUCAAUUCAUCACUAUCAAAUCUGAAAAAUGGUACUGCCUAAGUAAAUAGAAGUGAUAAAAAUGUUUGGUCAUAUAAUUGAUUUGAAAGUGACUUUUAUAAGUAUUGGCAUGAUUGAUGGAAUGACUACUGAAAACGUGGCAUCUUUUAAAAUGCUCUUUCAUGUCAUUUUCUUUUUGGAUGUAUAGCAUUUCCUGGGCACAUGUUGGGUGGUUAUAGGGAUGUUACUUUACUUUAGUUCUGCUUCAAGGUUUCCAUAUUUCCAUUGUCCUUUUUUUAAACUGGCAAUUAUUUCAGCUUUAGGAACAAAAUAGUUUAAGGUUAUCUGCUAAAGUUAAGUUUGGUCCUAAAUACUUGAAGGUACAUAUUCUUUCUGAUUCAGUAUAGCCCUGUUAUUGAAAAUCAUAACUUUCUGAUGCUGAGGACUUUGAAAUGUUUCUUUCCUUUGUUGCACUGAUGUUGGGGAGGUGGGGUGGUGGAAAAGAAGUGGUUCUUUCUUUAUCUCACACUUCACGUAUAGGUGCAUUUUAAAGAAUGAAUAUUGGUAUGGAGCACGGCAAAGUGAAAAGGCUUAGUUAGAGUUUGUCCACCAAUUUAUUCCUCACUUGAAAAAAGGCUUGUUGGUUGUUACUUUUGAUUGUGGUGUUGUAUUAGUGGCAAAAUAGGGCUGCCAAAAAGUUUCAGCCACUGCUAGUCCUAGGCUACUGUCAUGUUGCUCUUUACAAAAAAAUGACUGGUGUGAAAUAAAUGGUUAAUUGUUGUAAAACUAAAACUCCUAAUCUGAAAUAUUGUCAAUCGACUGAAACAUUGGUCUAAUUAGGGACCCUUGCUUUGUGUACAAGUGAAGUGGCCAAUGAUUUGUAAAUUAAGCAAGCAUGAUUAAAUCACCAGUUCCAGUUAGUUUGAGACCAUUUCAACUUGUAUGAUCAGUUAUGUUUUAGGAUCAUUGAAUUACAAUGGAACUUACUAACAAUGUGCUAAAAUGUGUUUAUUAGUAAAAUUAAAGGAAAUUAGGUGAAUGCAUUUGCUGCUGCUAUUUAGGUUUUUAAAAAUUUGGUAGUGGGAAAGUGGGGGAGCUAAGGAUAUAUAUUAAAUGUUUAUGGGUUCACCAUAGUUUCUAAAUCAGACUUGAACUGCAUUUUACAAGUCACCUCUUAUCAGAAUGUGGAUUCCUUUUUGUAGAAAGGCCAUAUACAUAUCUUGUUUAUGCAUUUUUAAACAUUGAUAUGUAGCCUCACUAACUUUAUCAGCUUUUAGCCAUUCGUGACAAAUUAUAUUUGUAUUCUUUUUAAAUAACAAACUGGAAAUCAUCAGGUGACUUGUAAAAGGCAAUUCUUCAUUCACCGUUUUAUUUUUUCACUAGAUUUAUAAAUCAAAUAACUAAAUUGUUUGAAGUAGUUAUUAGUUUCUUUUUAAUAUACAAGGUGCCAUAAAUCAUUGUUACUGAUACUUUUUGAAAUCAUGGUAACCUCUGAUUUAACUCACAUUUAAAGACCCUGCUGUACAUUGUUUUUCUCUUAAUCCUUCUGCACCUAAUGGCCUUCGAAUUUCAGCAUAUCUGCAUAUUUCACAGCAAAUAUUUUGAAGUCAUACAACACAUACUUUUCAAACUAGACAAGCUGAAAACUGAAUGGGUUCUUGAAGUAUGACUGUAAAAAGUUGAUUCUCAAGGAAUUCAGUGUUUCUCAGUGUCAUUUGUGGCCCAACUUUGAAAGAGAAAUUGGAUAUGUGAGAUGAGAUUCAGGGGCACUUCAAAUUCUAAUUUAUCAGGAUUAAAAAUUUGAUUUGGUCCCAUAUUUAAUGAGAUUUCAUAUGAAGUUCCCACCCUUCUCUCCAAUGAACAAGUGGGUAGAGGUGCAGUAGCAUUGAGACAGCCAGACCAGAAGAUUCCAGGUUUGACUCUGUGUAUACUUAAUUAGCUGAUCUCAUUGGGGACACUACAAGUGACCUUGUCAAUGUUGGGCUAAAUGCUAAAAGGUGUUUCCUGUUGCAUAUGAUUGCACUCUGCUACAGAGCACUCCACAAUUGAAUACUCUGCCAGUAGUCAGUUCAAAACCACAUGAAGCAUGGCCUUAUAGGCAAGAUACUGUGCAACUGUGCCCAGCAUCCUUGGGAAGGAAAUUGCAUAUUCACAGGAAUUUAAUUUUUCUAGAGAUGUGAGUCAAAGUGGGUAAAGCCAGAUAUCAACUUGGGGUGGAAAAAAAUUCUUGCAAUGUAAUCAGAUUUCUAGUACAGUAGUUAAGUUCACACUAUUGUUUCUGGUUGCCACAAUUGCUUGAGCCUUAUUUAUUUUAUUAGGUUGUUAAUUCUUCUGAAACUCUAAAAUGUCAAUGCUCUGAGUAAGUUUUGCACUAAGAAUUUCAUUUUAUAAUGUAUUACUACUUGCAUGUCUUUUUCUUUCCAACAUACUUUGCUUGUGAAUGAUUUACACAGUCUCUUGUAUCCAUGGUCACCAGAAGUGGAGUGACUUUUAUGAUGUGACCCUUCCCUUUUUUUUAAACCUAAGUUUUGAAAUGAUGGCUGGUUGGAGAACUUACUCAACUUGAUCAGAUUUCUGCCUCAAGUAAAUUCCUGCAGUUACAGAAAUUAAUAUAUAAGUACAGUAUAAUGUAAUACCAAAUGUUAAUAUCUUUUAUUGACAGUUUUUAUUGCACUUGGGAGCACAAAAUUUUAAUAUCACCAUUUAUGUUUUGGAGCUCUUGCAGUAUUGCAGGUCAAGCAUAUUUUGUGUAUAAGUUAAUUUUUUUCUGUUUUUGAGAUUUUGCACUUAUGGAGCUAUGUGACUGUGGUAAGUUUAUAAAUGUUCCAACAUUUUCCUGAAACAGCUUAGUGCUAAUUGAUUUUUAUUAUUUAAAUGUUUGCAGUUUCCUUUAUAACUUGGUUUUGUUUAUGAUGGAUUUCCAGGGUAGUGUGAGAUGUGAAAAUUAACGUUGCUACUUUAAAGUCAAAAUUAUAUUUUGUUGUACACUUUUUAAUCAUGUGACUUCUUUAGGAUUGCUUUGCAUCUUUCUGAAAUUGUAUGUGAUUUUAAGUUUUUGCUGUUUUAAAUUUAAGAAUUUGUGUUGUAGAGUGCAGUGUUAUUCAAUAAUGUUUACACUUAAUUGGUAUGGAAGGAGAAUUCCACCUGGAUUAAUGGCUGAAGUCAGUUUCUUUCUACACAUUUUUAUUUAGCCUGUGGGCCAUAUGUAAAAUAACUGACCAGUUGUGCAAAUCCUAAAUAAAUUUAUUUCUGGCUUAAGCAGAUUGAAGAAUGCAUGAUAUUUAAACCUUCUUUUCUAAGAUAUUCAUAGUUUUCAUAUUUCAAUUUUUCUUGUUUCAUAUAUUGGAUUUAGUGGUUUGCUAGGCCAUCAACAGUUAUGUACCAAACCUAAAAUAAACUUCCCAGGUUUUCUAAGAUCAACUGCUAGGAAAAAAUUAUUUCUGAGCUUUUCCUAGCAAGCUGGUAUUGGUGAAUCAGCAGGUUACUGCCAAUUGCAUGGAAACCUGCAGGACGAUGAAAGUUUUAAACUAAUGUAAAGUAGUUUGUAAGCAGCUGCUGCUUUCUAAAUACCAUAAAUUUGUCUGUCCCUCCAGUAUGCUUGUCAAUCCUUAGUUUAUUAUUACAAGUUGUCUUUUGCCUGGGUAGUUCAUAAAUUGCGUGGUAGUUUUAGUUACAGUUAAAGUAUAUUCCUUUUGAAGAGUUGUUAUGGACCUAUGUUAGGUAUGUACAAAAGUUAGACUCUUUAAUGCAGUUAUCUCCAGUAGGGAAUGAAACUGGGAAAUUAGCAGUGACUAGUUUAAUUAAACAGAAAAUUCCUACUUCCUUUUUUAGGCUUCCUUAGUGGCUCCUAUUUUAGGAUGAGGUUUAAUAUUGGAUGAAAAGCAAAGCAAUGCUUCCUAUUAUUUGCUUGCAUUGUAGUGGAAUCGGGACAAAUCUUUGUUUCGUUAGUUGACCCAGUGUAAUAUUCUUCUCCAGCCUCAUCUAGAAUUGUUCCAAGUGCAAUCCCAAACAUGUUUCUUAAAUGUUUCCAUAACCAUUACAAUGUUCACUAUUGCCAAAAAGUUGUGCUCUACCUUUGGUUAUGCUUCUCAUAGAUAAGGUAGAUAAUGUUGGUAUUCAGCACCAUAAAAGCAUUUGCUACAUGUUCAUACUCAAUAAAAGAGCAUUCUAUUCCAUUCAGGCUAUGCAUUUAUGAUUUUAUGACUAUAUAAACCUUUAAAGAACAGUGAUGGACACUUUUAAUAUUUGCCUGCACAGGAUAAGCAAAUUAUAUAAUUUCACUGUUUAACUGAAAUAGUCCAGUGAAAUGUACAGAUUAUUGUGCAGGAAAAGCCAAGUUAAGUUAAGCAAUAGGAUUCUAUAGUUAACCUGACAGGUUAUUGCUUUAUUAGGAAUCGGUAAGAAUUGAUGAAAAGCACAGAUCAAAAAGAAAACAUUUUUUUGAAUAACAGAUAUUACUCCUAGAUGUGUAUAUCUGACAAUUUCAAAAUAACCACCAUGGUCCAUCGUGAGGGACGUAGUCUGAAUGAAUUUAUCAGACCAGAAAAGGUAAAUUUUUUCACAUUAUAUCCACUUGUCAGAAAACACCUUUGUGUUAUUUUAUUGGUAUGCCCAAUGUAAACUUAAAUGCCAGUGUUAAUUAAUGCCCAAAUGAAAGCAGAAAAUGCACGUUUUUUGCGCGUGCUUACUUUAAAACUUAUGAAAUGGACUAUACAUUUAAAUAAUUUUUUUGGAUGAAUAUAACUAUUAAAGCGUGUCAGUGGGAAUAGCUGGCCAUAUCUUUCUCACUGUAUGGAUUCCACCAAUUACAGCAUGUCAUGGGCAUUUUAAUAAACUUUUUAAGAUUUGAUAAAGUCCGAGUUUCAAUCUGGAAAUUGGCAAGAUGACACACUAUCUUGCAAUUUAGGUUUGUUGUUGUAUGUUUGAAGUUGCUUUAUUCAGCAGCAUAAAAAUUACAAGUUCCUCCAGAAGGGACAAAUAUGCACUCAAAUAGUUUGGAAAGUAUAAUAGUUCUGCCUUGUGAUGUUCCUUACCUACAGGCACUGAUCUAAAAACAAAACCAGAGACACUCUUUCAGUUUCUAAGUCUUUAAAACACAUUAAUUUCACCUACUCCUUUGCUGCUUAGAACCUAUUUUGAUUGUACAUUAUUACGUACCUUUUUGAUUCUUACAGCAUUUCUUAGUUAGGCCAAAGAUAAUGUAGAAAUUGUUAAAAGACCCCAAGACAUUAUGGCAAACAAUUUUUAAAAAUGCAAUGGAUUAAAUGCUGAAUUAAUUCCUUUGCAUUAUCUGUCUACAGCUUUUGAGUUGAAAUUCACACUGUCAUUUUUAAUUUCUGUUUAAAUUUAAUUCUUAGGAUGAAAUAGAAAUGAUGGUCUUAUUUGUAACCCGAUCAAUAAUGUAAUAGAUUCUCAAGUAAAUAAAGCAUUCAUUUUCUUUUAAGGAAAAGCUUAUCGAUUAGGAACACUCUUCAAAAUGAAGUCCGAUUACAAAGAACAGUAAAUUCAAGGGGUUUUUGGUCUUGAAGCUAGUCAAAAAUUUUUUUUUUUCCCGGUUUGUUGCUUUUUUUAAAUGUUUCUGCUCCAAAUUAGGGAUAAUGAUCAAAAAUAUUGAACUGGAAUUUAUUUUGUUCCUUUAAAGAAAACUGUUAAUGCUGCAAUGUCUUAAUAUGGUGUCUGAUUGCAACAUUUUUGGGCAUGUCAUUGAAAUUUCUGAUCUAUAGGUUUUAAAAUGGUGGCUUUGUGAGUUCCUGAUCAUUUCACAGCAAUGUGGCAUUUAUGAACAGCCGGGAAAAAUUACAAUUUACACAACUGAAUAACAUUGUACUAGUGAAAAUUUUAACAACCCCUCUCGUGGUUGUUAGCUUGUUCAACAAAAUGUUACCUGAGCCAGCGUAUUUAUUAAAAAUAGGUCCCUUUUUAAAAAAAAACAAUCAUGACCAAUGCUAAAUAGAGUUGGAGAGUCUGACAUAGAAUUUCCAGUGUGCUGGCAAAACCCGUGAUUUAAUGUGUGUAGUAAGUGAUGAUUCCAAUAAAAUUCCUUUAUUGUUAAGUGUUACUUAAUUUGGGUAUGAGAUUGCUCUGUUAACAGGAUUUCAUGAUUGUGUGUCUCUUUGCUCCUCUGACACUGUGGUAACACUAUACUCUGCACUACUAUUCUUUUAUUGUCAUGUGUGGUUUACGCACGACCUGAAAUAUAAGUUUAUUUUGUGCUGAAGUUGAGUUGUAGAAAAAAAAAUUGACUUCUGUUGAAUCUACUUAUUGAAUCUCUAGAUGUUUGCUAUCCUUACAGUGAGUAAACAUAUUGAAAGAUUAUUGCAUUCUCACAGUACAUUCUAAUGUAUAUUUCAGCCAAAAGUAUGCCAAUGAAAAAUUUGAGUUGUAUAGAUGUACAUACAUUUAUUAGACUUGUGUACAAUGUUUCUUGUCAUUGCUGUUUAGUCUCUACCUGAAAUGUAAGUUUAUUUUUGCUUCAUUUUUCAACUGGAUAAAAAAAUGUUCAAAUCUAGCCUGUCUCAAUUAUGAGUGAUCCAUGAAGUUAAAUGACUGAGAUUUGACCUGAUUCCUCCAUUAUUUGAAUCUGAUUUUGCAUGAAAAGUACAAGAUAUGCGUAAAUAUAUUGUGUACCCAAAAUAUUUCAUUGCAGUUAUUUGCUGUUUUGCACUUCAUGUUCUGUAACAUAAAUUUAGACAAAUGUAGUGUAAAAUACUUUGUCACUUUUAGUAUGUUGUAAAAAUUGAAGCAUAAAACUCCUCUGUAAUUAGCAAUUUUAGGACUUGGUUUUUAAAAUAAAAUUGAAUACUUUUA